AUGCAACGGAAGGAAAGUCUGGGGCAGGUGGGAUCUGAGGAUGCUUCGGCAGCCAAAGAUGACAUACCACAAGCCUCGCCGAGUACUGGACUGAAAACCGGACAGUCUAGAAAAUUCGGGGACGUCAGGAAGGCCACAGGUUUGAGUGGAGCAGGGGCCAAGUGGUCCCUGCGCUACGUCAGCAAAGGCUUAACGCCUGAGGAGGCCAAAAAGAAAGUCCUGGACCGCGAGAAGACCAGUGACAGCGCACGGGAGGCUGGGGAAAUUAGUGCUCCGAAAGGUAAUCCGGAGAACAAGAAAGUUCUGGACGGGGAAAAGCCCAGUGACAGCAAACGGGGUGCUGCGGAGAUUAGUCCUCCGGAAGGGAAGCCAGAGAAGAAGAGGAGCUGUCUCGAAGCGCUGGGGCCAAAACCCAAGGCAGGGGCCAGGAAGCCUGGUGUUAGCUAUGCCAGCGCCACUAAGCGUAUCAAACAGGCUGUUCUGCCAAAGGCUUUCCCUGAAAGUACACUCACUCGUGAAGAUCAGGGAAAGAUUGAGGACGCCAUUGUGGAGGAGAUGGGUAAGGGUUGGUGGUCAAUACUCCCACUCGACGGCAUCCACUUUCGGCCAGGCCUUAUACUGGUCGACUGUUUGGAUGCAGAAUCAGCCGAAUGGUUGCGCGAAAUUGUCCCAAAACUGCCUGACUGGGAUGAUGCGGAACUGACUACGUGCGAUGGGGACAACAUACCCAGGGUGCAC